AUGGGGAAUUCGCACUACGUGUCUUGUUUGGCUCAAGAGUUCGGGAUAAAGUCCCGUGCGUUUUGGCAUCCGAUGGGUUGCGGUAGCUCCACUGGGCCGAAGCCAUCGUCGGCUGCAGGCAAGAAAGUUACCAUUGUCAAGGUUGAGGAGAAGAGGAAGAAGAGCAAUCUCAACCCAGCAGAUUAUGUGCUGUCGAAGAGAAACGGGGAGGUGAUAGUCAAGGACGCGGGGACGAUCGACGGGCAGCAGUUCAAUGUAGAGGAGUGCAAAGACUGCGACAUAUUCCUAAUGGACCACAUUGCAUGCGUUUUCGUUGACGAGUGCGAGGGCUGCCGCAUCUUCAUCGGUCCCACAAUGAGCAGCGUUAUGAUCCGAAACUGCAGUUCGAUGAACUGCGUCAUCGCCUGCCAGCAGUUCCGCACACGGGAUUGCACAAAUUGCAAGUUUUCGCUGUUGUGCACGACUGAGCCUAUCAUAGAGACGAGCACACAACUCCAGUUUGCGUGCUUCGAGUUCAACUAUUUCUCCUUGCGGGCCCAGCUGUCCGAGGCGCAGCUGAACGUGUGGAACAAUAAGUGGUGGAUGGUGCACGACUUCAAUAAGAAUUCGGAGAAGCCUAAUUGGAGCCUCCUUCCGAAAGGGGAGGUGCAGACGCUGCUGAGACCCGAUAGAUGCAAUGGCCUGACGGAGGAUGAGCUCAAUCAAGAACGCGUUGUGCCCGUGACGCUCGGAAGUCGCCAGUGGCCUUCCGAGGAGACGUGCUUCAUCAUCUUCCUGCCCGGAGCGGACGCGUACAUCGGCGCCGUGCUCAACAAGGUCGAGGCGACCGAAGGUUGGGAGCUCUGUCGUGCGAGGUCGACCUUGCUCGAUGUUGACAGGUUGAAAUCCCUGCUGUCUUGGACCAAGGAGUCCAAGCUGCCCAGCCAGUGUCAAGGCAAGGAGCUCACGGGUGCGCAAAUGUGUGGAGCAGGGAUACUCGAACAGAUGCAGGAGGCCCUGUCGACCACCGGCUUGGCAGCGGGCUCCAAGCUGAUUCGGAUCGUUCCCUCGGCACAGGCUUCUGCGCUGGCGAAGGCGUUCUUCGAGGUCUGGAAGGACGAGAUCUAA